UCCUAGACAAAUAAGAAUGAAAAAUUCUUUUUUUUUUUUUUAAUUAAAAUUUCUAAUUCAAGUUUUAUAGACAUUGAUAUAUGGUUAAUGAAAUUUUUGGUUCAAUAACCUUCAAUCUAGGUGAUUGACCUCGAAAAUUUAGGCUGUUUUUUCUAUAAAAAGAAGUGGGAUUUUUUGUGCAAUUUUAAUUUUUUUUUUUAUUAUUAUUUUUUUGUUACGAAAAUGCGUUUAGUAAUUUGUGAUACCGUUGAUCAUGUUGCCGAAUGGUCAGCAAAAUAUGUGAUGAAAAAAAUUAAGGAAUUCCAACCAAAUGAGAAUAAAUAUUUCGUCCUUGGACUGCCAACAGGUGGCACUCCAUUGGGAAUGUAUAAAAAGCUCAUUGAAUUUUACAAGGAGGGAAAACUUUCAUUUAAAUAUGUAAAAACAUUUAAUAUGGAUGAAUAUGUUGAUUUACCAAGAGAUCAUCCAGAAUCAUAUCAUUAUUAUAUGUUUAAUAAUUUUUUUAAACACAUUGAUAUUGAUCCAAAAAAUGCACAUGUUCUCGAUGGUAAUGCACCUGAUUUAAACAAGGAAUGUGAAGAUUUUGAAAGAAAAAUCAAAGAAGCCGGAGGAGUUGAACUUUUCAUUGGAGGAAUUGGUCCAGACGGUCAUAUUGCAUUCAAUGAACCGGGUUCAUCAUUGGCAUCGAGAACAAGAGUGAAAACACUUGCCCAAGAUACAUUAGAGGCGAAUGCACGUUUUUUUGAUAAUGAUAUUAAUAAAGUGCCAAAUGAAGCAUUAACCGUUGGAGUUGGAACUGUAAUGGACGCAAAGGAAGUUAUGAUUCUUAUUACUGGAUCGCAUAAAGCAUUUGCGCUUUAUAAAGCAAUUGAAGAAGGUGUUAAUCAUAUGUGGACAGUUUCUGCAUUUCAACAACACCCACGCACAAUUAUUCUCUGCGAUGAGGACGCUACCAUGGAAUUACGCGUUAAAACAGUUAAAUAUUUUAAGGCUUUGAGCGCUGUACAUUUGAAACUAAUCGAGGAAACUCCCUUGACACGUCGCUCUAUAUCGGGCAGUGAAAAGAUUUGAAAAAAAAAAUUGAAAUAAUUCCUCAUUAUAACAGUGAUUCAGAAAAACAAAAAUAACCUAUUUUUUUUAUCUUUUUGCAAUUUAAUUGCAUACAAUUUUUAAUAAUAAUAAUAAUAAUAAUAAAUAAAAAAUAAUUUUCACAUUAAAA